CAGAACUUAGUCUGUCUCUGCAAGAAACCAGAAAAGACCCAACAAACUGAUAAGGACUUUUAACUGCUGUGUGCAGCAAGAAAGCCAAGAUGUCCACUGUUGGAAAGGUUAUCCACUGCAAAGCAGCAGUUGCCCUGGAGGCUAAAAAACCACUUGUUAUACAGCAAAUUGAAGUUGCUCCACCAAAGGCUAAAGAAGUCCGUAUCAAGAUUUACCACAGUGGCAUUUGCCACACAGAUGACCAUGCUCUAGGGGGCUUUAUGGCUGGUAUUACAUUUCCAGUCAUUUUGGGACACGAGGGAGCUGGAGUUGUUGAGAGCGUUGGAGAAGGAGUAACAACUGUGAAACCAGGAGAUCAUGUCAUCGCAAUAUGCAGUCCAAUGUGCAUGAAGUGUCCCAGCUGCUUGCACCCCGACAGCAACUUUUGUGUUAAAAAUGAUGUUGGCAAGCAUGUUGGACUGAUGCUGGACAAAACCAGCAGAUUCUCCAUCAAGGGCAAGCUAAUUCACAACUUUAUGUCCACAAGCACAUUCUGCGAAUACACCGUUGUGGAUGAAUUUGCUUGUGUCAAGAUUGACCCCAAGGCUCCCUUGCAUGAAGUGUGUCUGAUUGGCUGUGGGUUUUCCACUGGUUAUGGAUCAGUACUCAACACAGCUAAAGUACAGCCAGGUAGCACAUGUGCAGUGUUUGGUUUGGGUGGAAUAGGAAUGUCUGUUGUUAUGGGCUGCAAAGUUGCUGGAGCAUGCCGAAUCAUUGGAGUAGACAUCAACAAAGGAAAAUUUGAAAUUGCAAAGAAGUUGGGAUGCACUGAGUGCCUGGACCCAAACGAUUAUGAUAAACCCAUCCAUGAGGUUAUUGCAAAUAUGACUGAUGGGGGAGUUGAUUAUUCAUUUGAAUGCGUUGGAAAUGUUGAUUUGAUGGCAUGUGUUAUUCAAUCCUGUCAUUAUUCAUACGGUUGUGCAACCAUUAUUGGUGUCCCGCCAUCAACAGCGCGACUUUGCCUUGAUCUGAUAUGGUUACUCACUGGGCGCACAUUGAAAGGAGCUUUCCUUGGAGACUACAAAGCGAAGGAGGCUUUCCCUGGCUUAGUAAAAGAUGCCAUGAAUAAAAAAUUUGACAUUGGAGCAUUGGUGACGCAUAGGGUGAAGUUUGAUAAAAUUAUGGAUGGCUUUGAACUCAUGCGCCAUGGAAAAUGUGUGCGUGCAGUCCUGGAUAUGUGAAGCAGAAAUCGAAAGCUUGGAAUGAACACAAUCAUAUGUUGUCUCCUCAACAAAAUGCUUGUAGAUAGAAGUGCAUAGUAGAAUCAAGCAAGAAAACAGUCUGUUGCUUACUGAUGUUCUAAUUUUGCUUACUGAAAUUUUAAAGCAAAAAAAAAUAUUCAAUAAAUUUUACAGGUUGAUUUAUA